UUCCUUUCUCAGACAUUUACUAGUGGUUGACAAACGGCCAAGGAAUAUGGUUCACGCUUUUAUUUUGUUUUUUGUGAGUUUGUGGCGUCUUGUUGAUGUGACAGAUCAAAUGAAAUCAGUAUCAGUGAUGGAGGGAGAUUCGUUCACUCUUCACACUGAUGUAAAUGAACUACAGAAAUAUCUGCUAAUACAGUGGAUGUUUGGAAGCACUCGAAUAGCUGAAAUUAAUAGACUCACGCAAACCAACUCAACAUAUGAUGCUGAUGGGAGAUUCAGAGGCAGAUUAAAGCUGGAUCAGACCGGAUCUCUGAUCAUCACCAACACCAGAACCACAGACUCUGGACUUUAUAAACUAGCAAUUAUCAGCAGUGAGACCAGCUACAUGAGUUUCAAUGUUAUGGUCAAUGAAAGAUCAUCAAGCUCAAAUUUUUUGACAUCCAGCUGUGCAGUGAAUAACGUAACCAUCAACCAGAGUGAGGAUGUAAACAUUACUGAACUCUCUCAGCCAAGUUCAGACCACGUCCACUGUUGUGGUUUUACUGAAACUGUGAUACGUUUGGUUGUUUCUGCUCUGGUAAGCGUGGCUGCUGUUGCUUUUCUGGUUUAUGACUUCACAUCUACAAGAAGUGAGCUGAACAGGAUGCUAGAGACUAGACAUCACCAUCCAACCCGUAGAGUAAAAUUAGACCAACAUCAGUUGAGCAGAAGAAUCAGUUCCAGAUAUGUUUGCUGAAGGUCGCUUGUGUAAUCCCCAAAAGAUACAGAUUCAUUUUCAUUCAUUAGCCAUUUAUUUUAUCAUAUCUGCACAGAAUGGCAUUUAAACUGAUCUGGUUCACCCAAAAAUGAAAAUUCCACCACUGGAUUCUCUGCAGUCCAAUCAGCUGAUAAAAACAUCACAAUGAUACAUGUGUAAUCCAGUACAGUCCAUCGAUUAACAUGUUGUGAAGGUGAAUGCUGUGUUUGCAAGAAACAAGAUGUUUUGACAUAAAACUAUUUCUAGUCCUCUAUGCAUAAUGUUAUUUUCUCCAGUGAAAUGUCAUCUUGUCUGAAUCAGGAGAGAAAUAUGCACAGAUCAAGCACUGUUUACAAGUCAAAACAGUUCGAAACAGUUCUGAGGAAAUAUUAAGAAAAUGUUCAUUUUCAGUGAGAUAUUCGUAUAAAUACAUGGCAGUAAACAUAAUUAACCUAAACAAAAUAAAUAACAAUUAGCUACAUAAAUGAUGGAUCUCAUAAGCUUUUGUUUCUGUUGUACCCUUGAAAUGACCCUCAUAAAGGAAAUUGGUGUGUAAUUUUGGUGAUUUUUUUUAUUUUAUUUUUUUUAAAUAAAGAUUUUGUGAAUUGUUUGUUUAAUUUUUAAUGUUUUAUUGAACUUCAAAUUGGACUCCUUGUCUGUCUAUGGCAUUUAAUUGUAAUUUCCCCAACACCUCUUUAGAGAAGCUCUUAUUAAAGAUGUCUGCUAUGGAAGUUAAAGCCCUUUCAGGACAAUGAUUAUAUACUUCCAAAGUAGGAAGUAAUGUAAUCGAGACUAAGCCAAAUUCCAUAUCUCAAGCACCAACUUCUCAUCCCACAUCAAAAAGAGCAAAAACGUUCAAGCUAAAUAUACAAAACAAGAGAAAAAGACCAUUUGAUUGUCCAACAAUGGAGCAGAUUACAUCCUGCUGCAAAUAACAAAAUAGAUUAACCACUUUUUUUUUUUUUU